GCAUCAAAGCACUCGAUGAGUUUAGGACCAGGCAGAGAAAUACAUCAUUUAUUUUUGUCUCAAGAAUAAAGUAAAACUGUUCAGAUUAAAGUAGAAAUUUAAACUUAAACUCAAACUUUUGAGAAUUGAUAAAACCAGCACAAAUACAGAAUUUCCACUUUAUUCUCCAAAAGCCAAAUAAUAACAAAAUAAAUCAUUAAUUCCAUUUGUUGUUGUUUCUGUUUUACCAUGAUAUUCAUGAGCCACUAAAUGUGAUAAAUUACUAAAAUAUCUACAUCAUGAUUUGAUAUUAAAGUCGAGCAUUCACACCACUUUCAAAUGCCUGUUUUAACAAAUAUGUACCUUAGUAACACUUUUCAUUUCUCUCAAUGAUGAAAUGAGGUUGUUACUGUAGCUUCUUGUUUGAGCCUGAAAGACGUGUUUCAGGAGAAGAAACAUUUCUCUUCCAGGCUUGAUUCUUAAUUGAAACCUCGUGUGAGGAAUUUGGGGACUUUGGGAGGCUGCCAGGAAUCCCCAGAAUGUGAAAGCUUCUUUUUUCUCUCUCUCUCUCUCUCUCUCGCCCCCUCUCUCUUCCUCCUCACCCCGCUCCUCCCCCUCUUUUUUCCUAUGAGCAGUUGUGUCUUACAUCAGCUCAGACCAUCUGACGAACUUAGAGAAAUAGAGAAAACGGCUCGAGUUCUUACUGGAAUAAUCUAAAACUUUCUUUGAACAAAUGGUCUGAAAGGAUAAAACUUCUUAAAGUGUGUUCCUGUAUUGUGGGAUGAAGCACCCGUGGGACGCUCACUUCCUGCUGCUCAUCCUCCUGCACCUGUUCGGAGGAGUCACAUCACAGGUGAACCCAGGGGUUUGUCGUUAUCCUCUGGGGAUGUCCGGAGGACAGAUUCAGGACGAGGACAUUUCUGCCUCCAGCCAGUGGUCCGAGUCCACUGCUGCUAGAUACGGCAGGCUGGACUUCGAGGAGGGCGAUGGCGCCUGGUGUCCCGAGGUCACCGUGGAGCCGGACAGCCAGAAGGAGUUCCUGCAGAUUGACCUUCGCUCGCUGCACUUUGUGACCUUGGUGGGGACUCAGGGCCGACACGCCGGUGGCAUCGGCAACGAGUUCUCUCAGAUGUACAAGAUCAAGUACAGCCGUGAUGGAAGUCGCUGGAUCUCUUGGAGGAACCGGCAGGGCCAGCAGGUGAUUGAGGGGAACAGGAACGCCUACGACAUCGUCCUGAAGGACCUGGAGCCGCCCAUCAUUGCUCGCUUCGUCCGCUUCAUGCCCGUCACGGACCACCCCAUGAACGUGUGCAUGAGGGUGGAGCUCUACGGGUGUGAAUGGCUUGAUGGUCUUGUGUCGUACAACGCUCCAGCAGGAGAACAGAUGAGCUUACCUGCUUACUUCAACGACUCUGUCUAUGAUGGAGCUGUGAUACACAGCAUGACGGAGGGCUUAGGUCAGCUGACUGAUGGCGUGUGCGGCCUGGAUGACUUCUCUCACAGUCACGUCUAUAACGUGUGGCCCGGCUACGACUAUGUGGGCUGGACCAACGAGAGCUUCCCCGCUGGAUUUGUUGAGAUCAUGUUUGAGUUUGACCGCACAAGAAACUUCACCACCAUGAAGGUCCACUGCAACAACAUGUUCUCCCAACACACCAAGGCCUUCCGCCAGGUGGUGUGCUACUUCCGCUCUGAGGCGGACUGGGAGCCCACGCCACUCGUCUUCAACCCCGGGGAGGACGAGCAGAACCCUCGUGCCCGCUUCGUCACCAUCGACCUGCUCCAUCACAUGGCCAGCGCCAUCAAGUGCCGGUUCUACUUCGCUGACGCCUGGAUGUUGUUCAGCGAGAUCACCUUCCAGUCAGAUACCGCCAUGUACAACACCACACUGGCUCCUCCCAAGAGCGGGCUGCCCCCCAACAUACAACCGGAGGAUGACCCCACUCACAAAGUAGAUGACAGCAACACACGGAUUCUGAUUGGUUGUUUAGUGGCCAUUAUCUUCAUCCUCGUGGUCAUCAUCGUCAUCAUUCUUUGGAGGCAGGUGUGGCAGAAGAUAGUGGAGAAGGCCUCUCGCCGGAUGCUGGACGAUGAACUAACUGCUAGUUUGUCAAUACAGAGUGAGACGUUGGCUUACACCCACAACCAGGCGAGCACAAGCAGCGAGCAGGAGUCUAACUCCACCUACGAGCGCAUCUUCCCCCUCGUCCCCGACUACCAAGAGCCCUCACACAUCAUGUCUUCAAGCAGCACUGCAGCUUCUAAAGCCACCACAACUACUAUUGUUCAAGAAGGUGCCCCUCACUACGCGGAGGCGGACAUUGUGGACCUGCAGGGCGUGACCGGCAGCAACACCUACGCCAUCCCCACCCUGGUGAUGGACCUGUUAUCGGGGAAGGACAUUGGCGUGGAGGAGUUUCCCAGAAAGCUGCUCACAUUCAAAGAGAAGCUGGGAGAGGGCCAGUUCGGGGAGGUGCACCUGUGUGAGGCAAAGGGAAUGCAAGAGUUCAUGAAUACGGAGUUUUCCUUUGACAUCCCGGAGGAGCAGACCGUUUUAGUGGCCGUGAAAAUGCUCCGUUCAGAUGCAGACAAGAAUGCAAGGCUUGACUUCCUGAAAGAGAUAAAGAUCAUGUCGCGCUUGAAGGACCCCAACAUCAUUCGCCUGCUGGCCGUGUGCAUCUACAGUGACCCCCUCUGUAUGAUCACUGAAUAUAUGGAGAACGGAGAUCUCAACCAGUUCCUGUCCCACCACGAGCCCGAGGGGCAACUGGCUCUGCUCAGCAACGCGCCCACGGUCAGCUUCAAUGACCUCAGCUACAUGGCGGCUCACAUUGCGUCGGGGAUGAAGUACCUCUCCUCCCUGAACUUUGUUCAUCGGGACUUGGCCACGCGGAACUGCUUGGUGGGCAAAAACUUCACCAUCAAGAUAGCUGACUUUGGCAUGAGCAGAAACCUGUACAGUGGGGACUACUACCGGAUCCAGGGCCGGGCGGUGCUCCCUAUCCGCUGGAUGUCAUGGGAGAGCAUCCUGCUGGGUAAGUUCACCACAGCCAGCGACGUGUGGGCCUUCGGGGUCACCCUGUGGGAGAUCCUGAACUUCUGCAAGGAGCAGCCCUACUCACAGCUCAGCGACGAGCAGGUGAUUGAGAAUACGGGGGAGUUCUUCAGGGACAAGAAGAGACAGAUCUACCUGCCUCAGCCCGAGCUGUGCCCGGACUCGCUCUACUGGAUCAUGCUGAGCUGCUGGAGGAGGAAUACCAAGGAGCGGCCCUCCUUCCAGGAAAUACACAGAGCCCUCCUGGAAAUGCAUCCGUAGGCCCGGGCCACGUUUCUGACAGGAACUCCCAGAAGGCUCGUCUCUGGAGGGAAAGUCAAGAGUGGACCCUGGUUCAAACCCCACCCAGGUUCUGCUGAUUUCAGGAGAAAAGGAACCGGGUGAGAGCUUCCUGUUAGGUAGGGCUCUCAAGUGUCACGCAUUGAGCGUGACAGUCACGCAUUUCGGUCUCAAGUCACGCCCUCCUGCCACACAUCCGAUUCCUCACGCCAAGAAACCGGACUCUGGUCCGAGCCCUCCCCCUGUGGACCGUGUCGUCCCCCCCCCCCCCCGUUCUUGAAAACGUGAAAGCUUCCUGUUAGGUCUGAGCUACCAUCUACACUGAUCCAUGGAGCCUCUCUGCAAAGACUCGGCCACAUGUUUUAUGUUUCAUAGACAUACAGGUACCAUUAGGAAUUGAUCUAUUGUGGUAUGAUCCCUAGAACACGCACAGACGUGAUAAUACAUGUAGCAGGUGACAUUUCGGCACUUUUAAAAAUGUACUUCAAAUUCUUUAUCUUUUUUUCUGUUUUGUUGAUAUAUUUGUGGAUUAAUAUUCCCUUUAAGUCUU